AUGGAAAAUUUAGACAAAAUCCUGCUUCUCAUGUCAAACAAUGCAACUGUCGAAUUCUAUCAUGCAACGGCAAAGGAAUUUAUCAUGGAAGACCCCAUUGGCGAGGAAGAAGACAAGGUGUUCUUUAUUGAUGAUCGAAAAGGAUAUUUUCUUGGAUUACGACUCCUUCGACUUGUGAAUGGUGUUAUUCAAAGGAACGAGGUUGGGAUUCCCACUGAACUCCCUUUGGGAGAUAGAAAGAAGGGGGAUAAUUUUUUGGCAGAAAGGCUACCCGACUACAUCCAGUAUCCAUUCAACUGGUUGUUUGACCACUUGGAUCCUUGGUCACUCUUUUCAGAAGAGUCUAAUGAAUUGCAAAGAGAGUUUGAACGACUUCUGACACGUCAUUCUUGGCAGCUUCUAAGUGGUGGAUGA